CCGAGAGCAUUGUCAAACCCGUUGACCCAACCACUUCCUUAUGGUCCUCGGCGACAAUGGCGACAAAAGACAUGUGAAGUUCGUUCCUUCAGACGUUUCUGCAAGGGAGGAGGGAGAGGGCUCUAGCGUUUCUUCGAGACGUCUCUAGUCUAAUCCUCCGCCCAGAUCGGUCUCCACCGCUUCCGUUCCCAACCGUGUUGCAGAAACCGCCGCCGCCCACCACCCUUCCGCCGCCGCAAGCCUCGAGCUUUUUUGCUCUGUAAGCCCGUGCCUUCUCUCGAGGAGAAUGGCCGUCUUCAUCUCCAGCCGCGCCGUCCUCGUCCCCCGCCUCUCUCCUUCCCCUUCCUGUCCCGCUUCGAGGCAACCCAUUUCGCCGCUUCGAGGCUGCGGCCAAUGGGAGACGUGCGUCGGGCUUCCCGCCGCGCUCCCCAGUUCCCGUUCGAUUCGAGCGCGCCGGAGCCGGCCUUUUCCCGGAUGCCGUCUCGCUUCUGCUCCGUACUCUGCCCAUUCUUCGAAAUCUGGUGGGACAGAGACUUCUUCGGAAGGUAUGAAAUCAUCUGGGCCUUCAGAGAAUAUAGCGGAGUCAGUCAGCUUGAAUAAUCUCAUUGAAGUUUUCAGGGAGGCUUUCCUUUCUGGAGAUGAGAAGACAGUUGAUGAGGUUGAGGCUAGGAUGUGCAGUAUAGAAGUAUUGAGAAAGCAACUAGUUGAGCAAGUAUCUACUUUAUCAGAAGAGAUGACCUCUGGUAAAGAGAAUUAUAUCCGACUGCAAGCAGAUUUUGAUAACUAUAGAAAGAGAUCAGAAAAGGAAAGACUCACAAUAAGCAGUAAUGCACAGAGGGAAGUAAUUGAGAGUCUUCUGCCCAUGGUAGAUAAUUUUGAAAGAGCCAAGCAACAGAUUAAACCUGAGACAGAUGAGGAAAAGAAGAUUGAUGCCAGUUACCAAGGUAUAUACAAGCAAUUUGUAGAGGUCAUGAGGAGCUUGCAUGUAUCUGCUAUUGCAUCUCUCGGAAAGCCUUUUGAUCCGUUGCAACAUGAGGCCAUUGGACGCGAGGAGUCUCAAGAAUUUCGGGAAGGCAUUGUAAUUCAAGAGAUUCGACGUGGCUUUCGUCUUGGUGAUAGAGUUCUGAGGCCUGCAAAGGUUAAAGUUUCAGCUGGACCUGGAAGCAAAAAAUCAAAACCACUUGCUGUGGAAUCUGCUGGACAAACUGCAGCAGCAGCUGGAUUGGAUGAGCGAUAGUGAUUCACCGACAAGAACCAUUUUCUUCUAGAAAAGAGUCCAACGUCCUUCAUUCACUCUAGCUCAUGAAACUUUUUGGGUAGCAUGCGGCUUUUAUUGAACUGGGCAAAGUUAGUUUCUUCAUGUCCAAGCUUUGCCAGUUAUAGUUGAAUCCAUGGAUAAUUUUCUCAUUUCUUUUCCUUUUGAAGUGUCUGAUAUAUGAAAAAAGGAUUGAUAUAAAAAGAAUUUACGGGCAACAUUUCUGAAAGCUUCUAAUUGUUAUAAUUUCCUUGUGAUUUUAAUGUAGCUGGUGAGCCCUAUUCGAGUUUUAUGCUUGGAUGAAGUGAACUUCAAUGUCAUGGGUGACUCCCAAUGUACUUGGCCCUCAAUGUUACUCCUCUUGUUUCACUUCCUGAGCUGCUAUAGUUUAAUGCAUUUUGUAUCUUUAAGAUUCGUGUCCAGAGGAACCUAUUUUUUAUUGAAUUCCUUCCAACUUGGCUGUAUAUAUUCAAAACUCAGUAAGUACCUUAAGGAUCGGAGAGAAGCUUUCUUGUAAGCAGCCGUGCAAGAAAUGAAGAUGGACAAGAGUACGUCUGCUGACGGUUGAGGAAAGAGUCUGAAGGACUCAAAGUAUGAAGAAUCAGUGGGCUAACAAGAGUUUCUUCUCUCCCUCACUCGCUAUCCCUGUUAUCACUUGGUAGGAUGUUCAGAGGCUCAUCUAAGACAAUGGCAGAUAUUCUUCAAAAGGCAGCACAGAUUAAGACGGCGGUGACUAUGGUUGGUUUGCUUCCAGUUGCCUCUAGCAUCCCUUUUUUCGGCCCUGCUUCUAGCAUCUUUAUUUUCUACUUGAAGGGCAUCAAGUUCGGUAGCCUUGUGCAAUUGAUUCCCUGAUCCGCCAUAAAUGGCCUAGAGGCAUUGUGGGUGACCCUAGGCGUCCGGGAGGUUUUUCCUAUUGGAACAUUUGCAUGAAUUGUGGGGGUUCCGGAGGAAAACAGGAAGAGAAAGUGCCCCGUGACUAUAUUGAUUGCACAUCAGACUUGAUGUUAGUUGGCAAUGCUCCCUUUUUCUUGAAUUUCAUUAAGAAAGUGACCCCACAGAACACCUCUCAGGCCGUCAUCAGGCGGCUUAGAGUUCAGGACCACCAGCAGAUUCGGAGGAUUUGCAUGACACUUACUCGGAGAAUAUGUCAGUCUCAUUACUUAGGGGGGUAAGGCCUCUGAGUUCCCUCGACUUGUAUGCUGGUUUUGUGGUUGGAGCGCCAGGCUAUCAAUAGCCUGAAAACUUGGGGGGAGGUUAGCCUCCUCUACUUUUCCAAAGGUAAAAUUCAAGUUUUCGGCCUUUAUCUUUUCUUCUCAGAGAGGACAAUAUGACAGUCUUGCCAACUAAAGUUCUGGGUUUAUCUCCGGACAAA